UGUACACACGGAGUCUAUUGGAGUGAUGGAUGCCCCUGGAGUGGGGUGAGCGCUCGCAGCUUGUCAUAACAGCGAGUGAGCUUUGCGUGGGGCGGUCCUUUACCUGCCCCUUACAAUAAAACUCCCUCACGGGAUGUCUGCUGAUGUGAGAGCGCCGAGAGGAAAGGCUGUCUGCCGCCAACCGCUACCCCUUGUUUACGUUGCCCCUCAGCCCCUCUGAGCCAUGGCGAGAAGUUGGAAGCCUAUCAUCCUAGGGGCAAUUGGGCUGCUCUUGGUGGCUUUUGGGACCCUGCUGGUCUUCUUGGUCCCGGUGAUUAUGGAUCAACAAGUGGAGAAGAAUGUUCGUAUUGACCCCUCCAGUGGAUUUGCGUUUGAGAUGUGGCGAGACCUCCCAGUUCCUUUCUUCAUGUCCAUAUAUAUUUUUGAAGUUGUAAACCACAAGGAAGUUGUUGCAGGGGAGAAACCAAGAGUCCAGCAACGUGGACCAUAUGUUUACAGGGAGCAAAAGCAGAAGCUCAAUAUCACCUUUCACGAAAAUAAAACGGUCUCAUUUGUAGAAUAUCGCACCCUUCACUUUGACCCUGAAAGAUCUGUGGGAAAAGAAGAGGAUCACUUAAUUGUGCCAAACAUUCUUCUUUUGGCAUCAGCAAUAAUGACAGAGAACCUGCCUGGUUUUAUUAAAUUCAUCAUCAGUAGUGCCUUUUUAACAUACAACGAGGAGCCCUUCAUGAACCGUACUGUCAAAGAAAUUUUGUGGGGCUACGAGGACCCUUUUUUGAAUUUUAUAAAUACAAUUCUCCCUGGAAAGCUUCCGUUCAAGGAUAAGUUUGGCCUUUUUGCAGAUUUUAACAACUCUAAUACAGGUGUUUUUACUGUUAACACCGGAGUAGAUGACAUCAGCAAAGUACAAAUGAUUGACAGUUGGAAUGGUCUUAAAGAGGUUGACUAUUGGCAUUCAGAAGCGACCAAUAUGAUCAAUGGAACAGCAGGGCAGAUGUGGCCCCCUUUCAGGAAAACCUCUGAAGCUCUUCAGUUUUAUAGUCCAGAUGCAUGCAGGUCUCUCACAUUUGUAUAUGAAAAGGAGGCGGACUUUAGAGGUAUUCCCACAUACAGAUAUAUAGCACCAAAUUAUCUUUUUGCUAAUGGAACUGACUAUCCCCCGAAUGAAGGAUUUUGCCCUUGUUUGGCUUCAGGAGUACAGAACAUGAGCUCUUGUCGGUUCAAUGCUCCACUGUUCCUGUCUUUUCCUCAUUUCUACAAUGCGGAUCCUGGCUUUGCAGAGGCAGUGGAUGGGCUGCACCCAAGUGAAGAGCUACAUUCUCUUUUCCUGGACCUGCACCCUCUUACAGGUAUUCCGAUGAAUUGUUCCAUUAAGAUGCAGCUCAGUUUGUUCAUGAAAUCGGUGUCUGGAAUCUGGCAAACUGGGGACAUAAAGCCUGUGAUUCUUCCGGUGCUUUGGUUUUCAGAGAGUGGAUACAUUGAUGGUCCAGUCUAUAACACAUACUACAAUACUUUAAUCCUUUUACCUGCAAUACUCGACUACCUACAGUACAUUCUCAUUGCAGUGGGCCUGUGUUUUAUUUUUAUUGCGUUACUGCUGCCUUUUACAAACCAGAAACAAGUGAGAGCCCCCCAGGAUCCAGGAGUUGUCGGUGAUUCAGCACAAUGUCCUGAAGAUUCAAAACUUUUGGACGAUACCGAAUAUGAGUCACCUGAAACCUGAUGUUAUGAUGCCUCCAUUCUGAACAUACAAUAUUCUGUGGGGGUGCUUUAUGGCCAAUUUAAUCACUAGUCUUUAUGAUGGGUUCCAAGUCUAUGCAACUAAAUUACUGUGAUGCGGUAGUGAUCGUUUACUUGAAAGGAGGUGGGAAAAAUUCUGCCUCGUCAGUUCUUCACAAAGUGCCUCAAGAAUCUAUCACUCUAAAAACCAGACAAUGGAUGCCGAGAUAAAAGUAAAAACCUCUGUAUGAAAAUAUGAUUCUGUAGCUAGGUUAUCACCAAUCGAAAAACACUAAGAAUUGCUUUAUGGCAAAAAUAUCAGCCUGCUCUACCACAAACAAGUCUUGUUCUGUGUGUGGAAACAAGCAUGUGAUCCUGUGCGCCAGUGUCUUGUGUUCCCCAGCAUUUAAACACUUUCACACUUCUCUAAUUUAAUUAAACCUAUUAUUCAUGUGACUGCUGAACAGUCCAAGAUCUUUACUGUCAUGAGUUGAAUAUGCUAGAUCUUUAAUUCCAUCUUAAUUUAUUUUUUCUGACACAGAUACGCUUUUUCCCUUGGCAUGAUAUUGAAUGGUAGUAAUCUAUAUGCGUAGGUACUGUGAGACUUUUUGCUAUUGUCUUUAACUAAAAAAAAUAUAUAUAUUUUUAUGAGCAAUAAUUAAAACAAAAUCUCUUCUUGCCUCCAAAUCCGUUCUUUAAAUCAGGGAACCUAUACUUUUUGAUUUUUUUUUAUUUUUAUGUAAUUUUGUAUCUUAUUCAGAAAUGUCAGUAUUAAUUCAAGUGUAAUCUUUCUAGCUCUGCUUUUUUAUACAGCAAUGUAAAAAAUAACUGGAUGGCUGAAGAUAAUGAGCACUUAGGUGGUUACAUAUGAAGAGUGUUUGUGUGUUGCCAUGCUGAUUAUACCAUUUAUAACAUUUUGAACAAGAAGUGCACUUUAUAUAGCCCAAAUUAUAUGUACCCUGGUGGCAGAUGUAUAUUUAUGACUGUACACUAGCCAAAGCAGGGUGUCCCCUCUGUUACUUGUCACCACCUUCCUUGUUUUUAACAACAAAAAAGCACGCUAAAGUCAUGUUUUGCUUUAAUACACAACUAUACAUGAACAAUUCAUGCAAUAAAGUGUUAAGGCCUUGCAUUGUGUAACUCUGUAUAAGCUUCACUCACUGCUCACAAAUUAAGUCAAAAUAAAAAUGUAGAAUCUACGAAAAAGUUGCUCAGAAUCUAGUAUCACAGUAUUUGCCUUAUGUCCCUUUUCCUUGCCUUUUCCUGGGACUAGAAACCUCUGUAGUCCUCUCCUGCUUUCCAUUAAUGCAUCACUGUCAAACCCAUAUAGUUUUAAAUAAAUUAUAGCCCUGCA